AUGACUCGUUCCCAAGUCGACAAUCGUAUCCCUGACCUCACCAGGCUUGCUCUACCUCCAUCCAAGCCUCGCGUUUUUCUCCUCACCGAUAUUGAAAACGAGCCGGAUGACCAGGAGUCCCUCGUCCGGUAUCUGCUUUAUUCAAACGAGUUCGAAACUCGAGGAAUUUGCGCCGUCACUUCAGCAUGGCUACCAACGCGGACAGCCCCGGAAUCGAUUCGCACAACCAUCAAGGCCUACGCCUUGGUGGUGGAUAAUCUCAAUCAGCACGUACAUCCGGAUGCUCGAUACCCGACAGCGGAAGCCCUUUUAAAGCUUGUAUCUUCUGGAGCACCUGUAUAUGGCAAACAAGCCCUUUCUUUGCCGCUCAGUCCCGGUGCCAGGGAUCUGGUGAACAAAGUCCAGGAAUCGACAGAGCCACUAUGGGUCUUGAGCUGGGGUGGAACUAAUGUGCUCGCAGAAACAUUACAACAUAUCCACGAAACAAAAACCCCUGCUGAAGAAGCAGUCCUGCACUCACGACUGCGAGUGUACACGAUUUCAGACCAGGAUGACACCGGCGAAUGGAUCCGGAACGCAUUUCCGGCAGUCUUUUUUAUCUGUUCAAUCCAUGGCUUCGGUGCCUUCGAUAUGUCCACUUGGCAGGGUAUCUCGCAUCCAAUCUCCGGCGGAGACUUGUCGAAGGUAUCCGCUGAAUGGCUUCGGGCCCAUAUCCAGAAAGGUCCUCUGGGCAAGGUGUAUCCAACUCCAAUGCACAUCAUGGAAGGUGACACACCCACCUUCCUAUACCUCAUCCAGAAUGGAUUGGGACACCCAGAGAGGCCGGACUUUGGGAGCUGGGGAGGACGGUACAGGGCCGUUAACGUCGGCAGCGCGCACUACGCCGACGUCGUUGACACUCUUGUUGGUCCUAACAAGACCGAGCGUACGGACCAGAAGGCCACUAUUUGCCGCUGGCGCGACCACUUCCAAAACGACUUUGUGACACGCAUGAGUUGGUCGGUCACCUCGCACUUCUGGCAAGCGAGCCACCCUCCUGUGCCGAUCGUUGAUGGCCACCAAGGCCCAGCCUGUAUGACGCGGAAGGUGAAAUCCGGGGAUAUCGUCGUGUUGGAUGCUUCGAAGACUUACGACCCUGAUCACCCAGAGGAUAACUCGCAUCUGGAGUUCCAAUGGUACCAGUACCUGGAACCAACUCUUAGCCAUCCCAUCGGUGCCCAAGCUGUGCCUCGGUGUACCAUAAAGCCGCUUUCUCCUCCCCCAGGCACUAGUAGGAGAUUGGUCUACAAUGAUGCCGGCUUUGAGGAUGUGGCUCUUGGCCCGUGUGUGGAGGUCGUUGUACCUGAUAGUAAAAAGCCCGCAAUGUUUGGCAUGCCAGUACAGCAUUGGCUUCCCUACACGGGUGUUGACGGGAUGUUCUAUCAUAUUAUUUUACAGGUGUCGCACAGAAAGGCGCAGUUUCCUGUACAUAGAUAUCUGCGUAUCAUUUUGGAUGCCGGCUUAUCCUAA